AUGUGCAUGCGAGACAAGGUCCUUUAUGGCGCGGGAGCAGCGGGCGCAGCACUGGAGGGAGUAAAGGUGCUCAUUUCCGUUUUUUUCCUAGGAGCAUACUCAUUCACUGCCCCCUCCACCACCCCCCAGGAGCACACGAUGCACAUGACGGGGCAGAUGGCCCGGGAGCAGAGGGCGCAACAUUGGAGGGAGCGGCGUGUGUUCUUUGUCACAGGGCAGGUGCUGCUGCAGGACAUGGUGCAGUGGGGUGCCUGUCCGCGUGAGGCCAUAGUGUGUCUGGUGGUGGACGAGGCCCACCGUGCCACGGGCAACUAUGCUUAUGCACGCGUCGUGGAGGAGCCUCCUCUUCUUUUCACCUCUCUUUUUGCCGGUCUUGUUCCCCCCCUUGCUCCACCGCUCCCUGCCCCUGCUUCUCCUGCUGCCGCUCUCCCUCAUGGCAGCUCCACAAAGCCGGUGUUGCGUUUCGACCCAGCUGCCCAAGGUACAGGAGGUGGGGAACAAGCUGGGCAUAUCAGUCAUGCAGCACAGCUCCACUGUGCCCCGCUCCUCCCCUCUUCCCUUUCCUCUCUCCCCUCCCCCUUCUCCGUGCCACCAGCCCAGCUGCCCAAGGUGCAAGAGGUGGUGGAAAAGCUGGGCAUAUCACUCAUGGACCGCUGCCCUGCUAUGCUGUGCCGUCAACUCUACCAACUUCCCCUUGCUCUCCCCUCUACCUCCUCAAUGCCACCAGCCCAGCUGCCCAAGGUGCAGGAGGUGGUGGACAAGCUGGGCUUGUCACCCAUCGCCCAGCUGCCCAAGGUACAGGAGGUGGUGGACAAGCUGGGCAUAUCGCUCAUAGAGUACCGGGGAGAUGACGACCCGCAAGUCGCCCAGUACAUGCACAAGCGCACCGAGCAAGUGGUCAAGGUGCGCAUGCACACAGCAGUGGCAGAGGUGGAGAAGCUGCUGCUAGCGGAGCAGAGGAGGUGCCUGGAAGCCCUCAAUCGCCUGGGCCUCGUGUCCUCGGCUCUGGUCUCUUCCAGCAAGGAUCAGCGUGAGAGCAGUUGUCUCAAUCAACUCAAGUCCUUCCUCUCUACGCCUCUUGCCCCUGUCCCCUGUCACACCAUGCCCUCCCAGAUGAUGGUGUCGUCCCACCAGCUGCGCAUGAUCCAGGAGCAGCGGGAGAUCAGCCGGCAGCAGGAGGCAGCAGCGCGGGGCUUUGGGACGGCGCCGAUGGGUGGCAGGGAGGCGGCGGGGCAGAUGUGGUGGUCACGGGCAGAGGCCGUGGGUGCUGCUUUAGAGAGGCUCAUGUCGCAUGGCAUGCGCUCAGCACUGCACGUGAUUGAGAGGAGCAGGCCCCUGGCAGCAGUGGUGAGGGAACAGAACAUGCACAAGGCGUUGACGAUCAUGCGUCGCACUGUGGGAGGGGGCGAGGGGGGAAAGGUCAGCAAGGGAAGGCAGGGCGGUGCCAUGUCAUCAGCUUCCACGUCAGCUGCCAGGGUUGGGCCCUCGUCCGCUGCAGCGGCUGCCAUCUCCCCGAAGCUGGUGGAGUUGGAGAAGCUGCUGCUGCUGCACUUCAGGGAGGCCCAGCAGCGCAGCACAGGUGGCACAAGGCCAUCAUCUUGUCCACCUUUCGAGACAGUGUGCUGCCUCCUCAGUGAUCCUCUCCUGGCCCCUGCUUCGUCUCGCCCAUCUCAUCCCCAUUUCUCGCCCGUCUCAUCCCCCUCCACCCAUGCAGCCCAGCAGCGCAGCACAGGCCAUCAUCUUGUCCACCUUUUUAAGAUAGUGCCAUAUUACCUCAGAACACGAAGAGCACCCAGCAGCGCAGCACAGAACCGGCCCAAGGGGUCUGCGCGCGCCAAGGGGCGUCCACGAAUAGGAGCAAGGGGAGGGGGAAGGGGAGGGCGUGGGGAAGGGCGCGGGGGAAUGGGAGGGGGAAUGGGAGGGAGGAUGGGGGAAAAGGGGAGUGGGCGAGGGAUUGGGGGAGGAGCAGCUCUGGAUGGUUUGAACGGAAGUCGGGGUGUAAGGAGGGGAGGGCAAGGUAAUGCUGAUGGCGGUGUGGUGAAGGGUGUGUGCGGGGAGGAGGAUGGGGAGGAGGGAUGGGACGCUGAGGGAGAGGUUUUAGGAGAGGGGAGUGGGCAAGAGGAACAAGAGAAGGCGGAAGUGGAAGGGGACGAGGGGGAGGAAGAAGCAGGGGAGGAGGAGGAAGGGGGUGAUAUGGAAGUGAGGAAGCGGUUGAUGGGUCAGUCACAGAAGCAGCAGCAGGCGGUGCUGGAUGGCUUCAAAGCAGGAACGUACAAUGUGCUUGUCUCCACAACCAUUGGAGAGGAGGGGCUGGAUAUAUCCCAGGUGGAUCUGGUCGUAUGCUUCGAUGCAGUCUCUGUGUUGCGCAUGACUCAGCGCAUGGGGCGCACUGGUCGCAGCAGGGACGGCAAAGUGGAUAUCCUCCUCACCACCGCUCCUCACUGCUCCCCACCGCUCCUCGCAUUUCCUUCGCAUUUCCCUCCGUUUCUUGCACUGCACCCCUUGCCGCAAGCACAUGCCUGGUUUCCUUAA